UGACGAAUGUGUAUGACUUCUUCUGGACACUCCGGGACGUGCCUGUACACGGUCAGUAUCUACAAAACAAGGAAGUAAUAUGCUACAGGUGUCUUGGAAGCAAAUUGUAACAACAAGGUCGGCCCUAGAUCCUGGUUUAUUUGGAAGUGUAACAGUGUCAUUCCUUUGACUGGACUUACUUACGGUAUUAACCAGUAAAGUAAUGUUGCAUUGGAGAUGUUGUAAGAAGUAGCCAGGAUGCACGACGUCAACUACCGACUGUAUGAUGCAGUCGUCAAAGGUCAGACGGGCAACGCGCUCAAGUUCCUCAGACUUGGAGCAGAUGUCAACAAGCGUGAUGUGAUUGAUGGCAUGACACCUUUGCUAAAGGCUGCCCGUCGGCGCAACUUCGUAAUGAUGAAACUGCUGCUGUUUCACGGUGCGAAACCAAACACGAGAGACAGAGAUCGGGGCCUAACAGCGAUGCAUUACUCGGCGGAGGCGGGGGACACGGAGAGCAUGAUGUUACUGCUAGCUUUUAAUGCCAAUAUGGACAGUACGGACUACGUUGGAUGCACUCCGCUUCAUUACGCCUCUAACCGGAACCAUACCAGAGCUGCAGACUUACUGGUAUUCUGUGGAUCUGACGCCACCGUACAGAACACGAGAAAAGAGACACCAAUAUCGAUUUGCGAAAAUGAAGAUCUAGAGGAGAUUCUACAAGAGUCAAAACGAGUUGUGAAUGGAAUGAUAAAUAAUGAUGUCUUCAUAGAGCACAGACAACUGGAGACUGAUUCCAGAACGCCAUUCGAUAAGAUAGGACUUGUCGUAUUUACACCACCUACCUUCAGCACCGACAGUCUAAGCUUUCUUUGUCGUCGCGUCAGACCUGAGUACAGUGACAACAUUCUCCGUCCAGACCGACAGGAACUCCUCAUCAGUGAUACAUUCCAGUACCGACUUUCUUCCUCCCAGUCAGACGGCAUCGUUUGGUUGGAGAUUCCUCUCUACAAUCACCCUGACCCGUUUGAGGAUGUUUACAUGAAGACAGACACUCAUCCGAAAAUCAACCCCGACAACAAAAUACUUGAUAUCAAAAGAAUUCGAUGUGAAAAAGGCCAGAGUGAUUAUAAAUGGGUAUGUUACACAGAGGUAGACAUCACAGCAAUGUCUGCCUUCUGCCUCGUCACUGUUCCGAGAGUAGAGACGUUCAAUAUACCUCCAGAGGGAACUACCGUGACGUCAGAUGUGGACCAGUUCGUGCAGAUCUCUGUUCCUCCAAAUACAUUUGAUUCUCCAAAAAGUGUAAUAUCUUUAGAGGUAAUGCCCAGUCCGGUGUUUGAUCCCCAAGACUUCGACAAAAUUGUGUCUGUCAGUCAUUUUUAUGACCUGAACCAUAACCAUUGCGAGCGUCCCCAGAAGGAAGUGGGUUUGAAGGUGCCACUUCCACAGGACUACGACGGAGAAGGCAGUCUUUAUAUCCUUGGGGCCGAACUCAGCAGCCAGGUCUAUUUGGAUAUGGAAGAUGGAGAAGAAACACGGAAAGACAUUCUGGAACGCUGGAGUAUUAUAGAGAAAAAUCCUGUAACGGUCAAAGGCUGUAUAAAAUGUCCAGUCACACAUUUCUCCUACUACGUAGCAUCCGAGGCCCAACAGAACAUGUCAGAAGAGGCGGUGAUAGCACAUACGUCAACACUCUGUAAGAGGGCAUCGCUACGAAAACAACAUGUGAAACUCAUUGUCAUGCUGAAACCAUUGGGUAGUGAAAUGUACGACGUCGUCGUAGAGAUAGUAAUAGCCAGAAAAGCGGAGGACAGGCUUAAUCAAUGGAGAGGAUGCAGAUACUUAGAUCAAAAGCCCAGUGUGUCACGAGAUUUUGAAUCGGUUCCAAGAAAAAGAUAUUGUAUAACACUUAGUGACGAGAUUGAAAAGCAUGGGGGAUUCCCCACUACCCCAUUAGACUUUCAUCCAAAGCGGUUUAAUUAUCAACUGUUUCAAAUAUGCCGGAAAAAAAACGUUGAGCUGAACUUUGGCUCGGUGAUCUUGACUGAUGAGGAAACUGGAGAGGAGAUUGCUAGACUAACUGUUCACUUAACGGGCUCUCCGUUUCUUGAGGAUUUAGGCGAGUUUGAAGACGGAUUUCCAGGUUUCACAAGGAACAGUUUACUUAAACACAUAGCGAGAGAGCUUGGAGAUGAGUGGAUUAAAGUAAGCGUCCUCUUGGGCCUGACAUAUCGCACUGUAGAGGAACACUCCAAGCUUCCCAAUAAGACAAUUACUGAGAAGAAAUUUAAGAUUCUACAACUGUGGAGAGACUUCAGUAAAAACCGCCACGACUUAGGUGUACCAGACCUCUUGUCGGCCCUGGGGAAGACCAAACGUGAUGACGUGGUGGAGUAUGUCAACACGCAGCUCAAAGCGUGGCUUCAAGAAAAAAAAGAUCAACCUGACCGUUUCUAUACCUGGUUAGAGGAAGCUCUCCAAGGCCCUAGCACGGACAUCCUAGAAACCAACAGUCACCCAGAACCCAUGACGGACCAGUUCUACGUCCUUCUGGUGGAGAAAUGUGGCAUCAAUCUCAGGUCAACCGGAAGUCACCUUAACCUGUCAAAACCGGAGUUGGAUGGAUUAUUCUCAGACACAUUGAUCAGCAAGGAUGAGCAUAAACUACUGCAUUCCUUGGGUCAGUUUUAUGACCUGUGUUCGGCAGAGAUAGAGGAAAUUGUAGCCUACCCUAUCGGACAUGGACAUAGGUUACUGAGGAUGCUGGUGGUUGCCAGAGAAAAGAGUGAAAGCAAUAUCGAGGCAUUCAAGAUGUUGAUAGAAGCUUGCAACACGGUGGGGCUGACAGAGGCAAAACAGUGGAUACUGGACAUGUCGAAGGAAUGGUUGAUGGGCGAUCCGGAGGCAACCGAUCCUUUCAGAAUAGCUGUCCAGGAAGUGAUCGAAUCGGUUGAAGGUCAUUAUAUGCAGCAUUCCGACCAUAACAACACUGAUGAAUCUACUGCCGAUCCCAAUGACCAUUAACGUUCUCUAUCCAUCACCACAUAGACUACAUACAAACUGUGUAAUGUCCAGUGAGAAUCAGUGACAUUGUGAUAGAACUAGAAGACAAUUUUAAUUUUCUGUUUAUUUUCAUAACGACUCAUGUGAGUUUGCGUCUUAUGAACACCAUAUCUAUUGAUCGAGAGAAAUGAUCAAACUGGUAGCCUUGUUUAAUUCUUGGAAGAUCUAAAUGUGCCAAAAUAAUAUAUACAUUAGCGUGGUAUAUACACGUGUGUGAAAGGGGAAGGUAUAUGUUUUUAUGUACGCGUUAUCAUAUAGUCAAACAGUAUCUAUCACAGCCUUAUAUCACAGGCAGUUACCCGAGUUACCAAAAAUGAAUAAUGUUAUAUAAUAAUAAAGAUAGUAAUUCCUAAGA